AUUUGAGGAUUUAGCCUACUCCAGCUCUGGGGAGGGGGCAGUUGCCUCCCACCCGCCCAGUGUCUGGUACGCUUAUGCCGUUGAUUUGUUACUUCUCAGCUGUAGCUGCAUCAAUGGUAUUUCUACCCAUUUGAAGACAGUUGCAAUCUAACCUAAUUCCGUUUCAUUAUAAAGCUGCUAAAGAGUCAUUAAUCCACCAAAUCACCUAACUUCGAUUCAGAAUAUUGUAAUCAGUUAUUUAGAAAAUAGUAUAUUAAAGUUUUCUACACACUUCCUUGUGAGUGGCGGUUGAGCAGACGCUAUGUGCGUAUUUCGUGUCAAGUCUUUCCGUACCUGGCCAAGUAUGCUAACAGCGGUGUGAACAUCUAUAGUCUGACACAUUAAUUAAAAACCGUUAAGACCGAAGGCGUUUCAGUUUUCUGUGACGGUCAUUAAUUAGGCCCUACUGUCAGGCGAUGAGUCAAACUUUAAUAGCGCGGCAACAGUCGGUUCUUUUGACUGUUCUGUGUCUUACAUUCCACUCGAUCCGCUGCGAGGAUUCCUACACCAACAAGGAUGGUAGCAUUUAUACGCCGAAGACCACAUUUAAGAACAUCAUAGAGUCUGUUGACAAAUCAAAUUAUGUCGUGUACGAAGAAUCAAACCUUGAUCAUGAUGACAUCCCUAUACUGUUGUGGUGGACUCCGAACCUGUAUCCUUACAUAGCAGUCGAUAAGAAGUGGAUCGUGAUACAGUGUGGUGAGGCCGUGUGCUACAGCACAAAACGAAGGGAAUUACUACACCACGAACAGACUCGAGGCAUUCUGUUUUACGCAACGGACAUUUCUGUAGCAGACCUACCCCUCAGGAGGACGGAGAAGCACGAGUGGGCAGUAUUCCACGAAGAAUCUCCCUUCAACCUGUAUAUGUUGUCGCACAGCCCGUUUAUGUCGUUGUUCAACCACACGGCGACGUUCAGGAGGGAGUCCGACUUCCCACUUACAACACAGAACAUCUACACUGCAGAGUUUCUGACGGAAAAGCUUCCCAUCCCAUUGGCCACAAAGAACGAAGCAAAGACUAAAACUGGCCUCGCCCCUAUUCUGUAUGUUCAGUCGCACUGUGAUGUACCUUCAGACAGAGACCGUUACAUCAAGGAACUGAUGAAGUAUAUCAAAAUUGAUUCAUAUGGAGUCUGUUUGCAUAAUAAAGAUCUGCCCGAGCACCUACAAGAACCUGCGGAAAACUUCGAAAAAGAUGAAUUCUUAGAACUCAUCUCUAUCUACAAAUUCCAUUUAGCGUUUGAAAACGCCAUUUGCAAGGACUACAUGACAGAAAAGCUUAUGCGCCCGCUUCAUAUUGGAGUUGUGCCCAUCUAUAAAGGUUCACCAAAUGCCAAAGACUGGAUGCCCAACAACCACAGCAUAAUAUUAGUAGAUGAUUUCGAGACUCCCAAACAACUUGCAGAGUUUAUUGACUAUUUAGAUAAAAAUGAUGAGGAAUAUAAAAAGUAUAUUUCUUUCAAACAGACAGGCAUAACCAACGAAUUUCUGUUGAACCACUUGUCGCAGAGAAAUUGGGAGGUCAACGAGCAAGACUCGAUGGAUUAUUUCAAAGGAUUUGAAUGUCACGUGUGUAAGAAGCUCAACGAAAGGAUGGAGGCGGAACGGGCACAUUCGAACAACCCAUCAGUUCCUUUGGUGCCUCCAAGGAUGGCCAACAACUCCCACUUAGGUUGUCCUCAACCGUACCCGUCUUUGGGAGAUGUAACUGAUAUUCUCAAAAAUGAUUCAUGGAAUCAGAUGGCAUGGGUGGACGACUACUGGAUCUCUUCAUGACAGUUAUAAGACUUGUUUUUCUCUUGUUCUACUGAUGGAAUCAGAUGGCAUGGGUGGACGACUACUGGAUCUCUUCAUGACAGUUAUAAGACUUGUUUUUCUCUUGUUCUACUGAUGUAAUCAGAUGGCAUGGGUGGACGACUACUGGAUCUCUUCGUGGCACUGUUAUAAGACUUAUUUUUCUCGUUCUACAGAUGGAAUCAGAUGACUACUGGAUCUCUUCGUGGCACUGUUAUAAGACUUGUUUUUCUCUUGUUCUACAGAUGGAAUCAGAUGACUACUGGAUCUCUUCGUGGCACUGUUAUACGACUUGUUUUUCUCUUGUUCUAGAUGGAAUCAGAUGGUAUGGGUGGACGACUACUGGAUCUCUUCGUGACCCUAUUAUAAGACUUGUGUUUCUCUUAUUCUACAGAUGGAAUCAGAUGGCAUGGGUGGACGACUACUGGACCUCUUCAUGGCACUGUUAUAAGACUUGUGUUUCUCUUAUUCUACAGAUUGAAUCAGAUGGCAUGGAUGGACGACUACUGGACCUCUUCAUGACAGUUAUAAGACUUGUGUUUCUCUUAUUCUACAGAUUGAAUCAGAUGGCAUGGAUGGACGACUACUGGACCUCUUCAUGACAGUUAUAAGACUUGUGUUUCUCUUAUUCUACAGAUUGAAUCAGAUGGCAUGGAUGGACGACUACUGGACCGCUUCAUGACAGUUAUAAGACUUGUGUUUCUCUUAUUCUACAGAUUGAAUCAGAUGGCAUGGAUGGACGACUACUGGACCUCUUCGUGGCACUGUUAUAAGACUUGUUUUUCUCUUGUUUUACAGAUGGAAUCAGAUGGCAUGGGUGGACGACUACUGGAUCUCUUCAUGACAGUUAUAAGACUUGUUUUUCUCUUGUUCUACAGAUGGAAUCAGAUGACAUGGGUGGACGACUACUGGAUCUCUUCGUGGCACUGUUAUAAGACUUGUUUUUCUCUUGUUCUACUGAUGGAAUCAGAUGGCAUGGGUGGACGACUACUGGAUCUCUUCAUGGCACUGUUAUAAGACUUAUUUUUCUCUUGUUCUACAGAUGGAAUCAGAUGACUACUGGAUCUCUUCGUGGCACUGUUAUAAGACUUGUUUUUCUCUUGUUCUACAGAUGGAAUCAGAUGACUACUGGAUCUCUUCGUGGCACUGUUAUACGACUUGUUUUUCUCUUGUUCUAGAUGGAAUCAGAUGGUAUGGGUGGACGACUACUGGAUCUCUUCGUGACCCUGUUAUAAGACUUGUGUUUCUCUUAUUCUACAGAUGGAAUCAGAUGGCAUGGGUGGACGACUACUGGACCUCUUCAUGGCACUGUUAUAAGACUUGUGUUUCUCUUAUUCUACAGAUGGAAUCAGAUGGCAUGGAUGGACGACUACUGGACCUCUUCGUGGCACUGUUAUAAGACUUGUUUUUCUCUUGUUUUACAGAUGGAAUCAGAUGGCAUGGGUGUACGACUACUGGAUCUCUUCAUGACAGUUAUAAGACUUGUUUCUCUCUUGUUUUACAGAUGGAAUCAGAUGGCAUGGGUGGACGACUACUGGAUCUCUUCGUGGCACUGUUAUACGACUUGUUUUACUCUUGUUCUAGAUGGAAUCAGAUGGCAUGGGUGUACGACUGCUGGAUCUCUUCGUGACACUGUUAUAAGACUUGUUUUUCUCUUGUUUUACAGAUGAAAUCAGAUGGCAUGGGUGGACGACUACUGGAUCUCUUCAUGACACUGUUAUAAGACUUGUUUUUCAUUUGUUUUACAGAUGGAAUCGGAUGGCAUGGGUGUACGACUACUGGAUCUCUUCGUGACACUGUUAUAAGACUUGUUUUU